AUGGUUAACUUGAUCACUGUUUUCGGUGCCACUGGCAACCAAGGCGGCUCGGUCAUCGACUCCGUCCUCAAUGAUCCUCAGCUCUCCAGCGAGUUCAAAGUGCGCGGCAUUACCCGUGACACCACCAAGAAGUCUUCCCAGGACCUCGCCAAGCGCGGCGUCGAUGUUGUUUCGGCCAACCUUGACUCCGUGGAUUCCCUCACCGCCGCGCUGCAGGGCUCCCACACAGUCUUCCUCGUCACCAACUACUGGGAGACCAUGAAAGCGGACGUGGAGUACUCUCAGGGGAAAAAUGUUACCGAUGUCUGCAAGGCUCUCGGCGUUUCUCAUCUGAUUUUCUCGUCGCUUCACCACGUAACGGAAGAGACGAAGGGUCGUCUCACCAACGUUCCCCACUUCGACAGCAAGGCAAAUGUCGAGAAGUACAUCCGCGCCUCCGGAAUCAGCUGCAGCUUCGUUCUUCCUGGAUAUUAUAUGUCCAACUUCUUCCAGAUGCUCAACCAGGCCGAGGAUGGUUCAUACCAGCUCUUCUACCCUGUCAACAACGAUGCCAAGUUCCCUCUGUUUGACGCCGCCCAAGACACCGGCCUCUUCACGAAGGCCGCUCUCAAGCACAAAGGUCAAUUGAAGAACCACCAGAUCUUGGCCGCUGCCAAAUAUUACACUCCUCAGGAGAUCGUCGAUACCUUCUCUCGGGUCUCUGGCAAGAAGGCUAUGUUCAUCGAGGUCAACGCGGAGCAAUACAAGGCCUCCCUGCCACCCGCUGUUGCGACGGAAUAUCUCGAGAAUCAGCUCUUUGUGGCUGAGCCUGGCUACUACCUUGGAGAGCCUCUCGAGCCUAGCUUGGAGCUUCUUGACAACCAGCCCACUAACUGGGAGCAGUUUGUCCGGAAGAACCUGUCUUCCUGGAAAUAA